AUGCCCCCUCUUCUAAAAUCUCCCUUCGCACUGGCCCCAGGCCCAGCUGUACUGUCAGGCUCCUACGCUAAGCCUCCAGCCUUGCCCAGUUUGGCAGGACGGUCAAGGUCAAAGCCAAUCAAUGACCGGCACAACACUGCCACCAGCACCGGACCAUUCAAGCCCGUCGUCAUGCUCCUCACCGAAUGGCCAACCAUUUCGGUUAAGAUUACCCAACACGAUCUACCCUCUACCUUUCAGCUCAUGUCGACGUCAACGGCAAGCGCCGUGAUGUCCGAGCCGUCCCCCGUUCCUCAAGGAAUUAAACCUUUCAUUCCGACAAGCCCGCCUUCCCAAUUCCCGCCAUCUAUUGGAUGA